AUAUAACUUGUUGAAUUGAAUUUUAGGAAUAGGGAAAAUGGCGGCAUCGUCAAUUACAUGGAUAGAGGAAAGGGAUGUAGCGACGAUUGUUAGAUCCCGAAGUGUAAAAGAUGAACGAGGUGUUCUUGAGGUUUGGACACUUAACGGAAACGAAUUUGAAGUUUAUCAUCACAUUCAAAUACCAUCAUCCCCACUCUGCACGGCGUGGCUUGGCACAGGGAGCAUCGUAGCUGUUGGUAGCCAGGAUCCUUCCAUUCUAAUUUGGGACAUUGAUGAUAUUAAUGAUACUAUAGAGCCAUUCUAUGUCAUGGAUACCUCUGAUGGUCACACUGACUCAGUACUUGCCCUUGCGUGGAACCAAGAGUGCAGCUCUAUUUUUGCAAGUGCUAGUGCUGACAAACUUGUAAAGAUAUGGGACAUGGUCACUGGAAAAUGUGUUACUACCCUAGAUCAUCACUUAGACAAGGUUCAAGCAGUUGCUUGGGGUGACCAUGCACCAUAUCUUCUUGUUAGUGGCUCUUCCGAUCGUACUAUUGUCGUGAAGGAUAUGAGGGCGCCAUUAUGCACAGUCUCUCAGUUUUCAGUCGAAGCUAAUGUAGAGAGCUUGAUCUGUCAUCCACACUCUCUUGUGGUGGGUCUUGAAAAUGGUAUGGUCGAGGGUUAUCGUGCUCAGCCUCUUUUUUCCAUACCCGCUCAUGAUGAAUCUGUUACAACAGUAUCCUACAAUCCAUGCCGCAGGAAUAUUCUUGCUACUGGAUCCUUGGAUGGAAUGGUAAAACUUUGGGAUUUGUCCAACAACCAACCAACUUGUGUAGCAUCUAAGAAUUUUGGAGUAGGAAGUAUAUAUUCUAUUUCUUUCUCAGAGAAAGAUCGCUUUAUGUUGGCUAUAGGAGGGAAAACAGGAAAAUUGCAGAUAUGGGACACAUCGAAGAACCCAUAAUCUCUCCAAGAAUUGACCGGCCUCAUUUGUUACUUUUCGCCGAAUACCGUUCUUAUUUAAACAUAAAUAAUCUCUGCGUAACAGAAAAAAAAGAAAAAGGAAAGUACAUUAUUUGCUCUAAAUUCUAAUGUGUUAUUUUGUACAUAUACUUUAUUAAUAGAGUUCAUGUUAUUUCA